CCACGGUAAGCUGGCCUUCAAUUCCCUCUAUAACAGGUACCCCCAAACAACUGGGGGCCAUCAGACCUUUCAGGAAUCUUUUGAAACUAUUUUCAGAAUGUUACUAAAUGGACAACAUGAAGUAUAUAGGUUACAAACAAUACCCACUAUACAGAUACACAACUAUCAGUGUAUGUUGAAACGUAUUUGGGAUAUUUGCGCCUCCUUGUUCACCCAUUACAUGGCAAGAUUCAAUAAUGAGUCUAAUAACCACUGUCAUUUUCAGGUAGCAGUGAGAAUAAAUGACAUUCUGAGAAAUCCCAACAACUAAACUGUCAUGUGAAAAUAUCCGUGAUUUCUACUGGCGACAGCCCCAGCUAUGGCUACUAGUAUUACAGUUUGUUGCCCAAUUAAAAGAAAUGAGGCGGGGGCUUCCACCACCAUGGCCGACCCCGACCCCCGCUACCCCUGCGCCUCCAUCGAGGAUGACUUCAACUAUGGCAGCUGCGUGGCCUCCGCCAGUGUGCACAUCUGAAUGGCCUUUCUAAGAAAAGUCUACAGCAUCCUUUCUCUGCAAGUUCUCUUAACUUCAGUGACAGCUUCUUUUUUUUUAUACUUUGAGUCUGUACGGACAUUUGUACAUGAAAGUCCUGCCUUAAUUUUGCUGUUUGCCCUUGGAUCUUUGGGUUUGAUUUUUGCAUUGACUGUAAACAGACAUAAGCAUCCCCUUAACCUGUACCUGCUUUUUGGAUUUACACUAUUCGAAGCUCUGACUGUGGCCUUUGUUGUUACUUUUUAUGAUGUCUAUAUUAUCCUGCAAGCGUUUAUACUGACUACUGCUGUAUUUCUUGGUUUGACUGUAUAUACUCUACAAUCUAAGAGAGAUUUCAGCAAAUUUGGAGCAGGACUGUUUGCUGUUUUGUGGAUUUUGUGCUUGUCAGGAAUCUUGAAAUUAUUUUUCUAUAGUCAAACAUUGGAGUUGUUCUUGGCUGCUGUGGGGGCCCUCCUUUUCUGUGGAUUCAUCAUCUAUGACACACAUUCAUUGAUGCAUAGGCUGUCACCUGAAGAGUAUGUAUUAGCUGCCAUCAGCCUUUAUUUGGAUGUCAUCAACCUGUUCCUGCACCUGUUGCGGUUUUUGGAAGCAGUUAAUAAAAAGUGAUUGAAAGCAGUAUAUGGAAACAGAUUCAUUAAGUAAUAAAGUUUGAGAUAUAAUUAAAAAUAAAAAAAUAAAAUAAA